AUGCCUCCGCCCCAGAAGCAAGCACCAAGCAAGGUGCAGGCGGCCAGGGUCGGGGCAAGUGCGGCCAAUAAUCAGAGAUCGAAUGAGAUGAACCCCAAUAAUCGGCUCUACCACCGAGCACGCGGUCUGGCAGAAAGGCCAGCCGACUGGAUGAAGAUUGUUGAGGAUAAACGCGACAGAGGACAGAGGCAGCACAUCCUCAACCUCGCGAGCCGUGAAACCACGUCAGAGCGAGCGGCUCAAGGAAGGAACAUGGUAAAGGUUGAGGCGGCAGUCAAGGCAGUCCAUGCGCAAGCCAGGGUCGAGUUGGGCGGGUCACGACUGAAGAAGACCAACUUAGCCGGGGCUGACCAAGAU